AUGCCAUAUAGCGACUCAAAUCGGUCUCCGCCUGAGGGGAAAAGGCCACCAUUGAAUAAAACAACUUCUCUUUUUCAGGAAGGUUCAUCAAACUUUAAUGGCCAGUCUCCAUCGCAAAGGUCAACUACCUCUUAUACUGUAUAUAUCGACAGAGAAAAAUUACAAAAUGCUAUCUCGAGUCAUCAUAGAACCCCGAGCUGCCAAAGUGGUUCCGAUUGUGAAAAUAUUACCAGUAGUGGUAGUGAAAAUGAUACUGAUACGGAUAGUGAUACUGCCAGCGAUAUGUCGCUUCAUUCAACAAAUGGUGUAAAUAUAGAUAUUAAAUAUAAUAGAGAUAGUACCGAAAACCGAGGACAAAUACGACACAAUUUCACACCGAGUGCUAAUUUAUCACCACCUGCCUUACCUUAUAAUACAAGCUUUGAAGAUAACAGUGGUAGCAUACAUGAAUCAAGAGGUCAUGUAAGUAUUGGGACUGUUUCUACGUCAAUGCUUCUCAAUAAAUCUAGCAACAAUAAACUCAUAGAUUCUUCUCCAUCCUUUGGUUCCAUUCAUUCAACUUCUACGAAUAUUCAAAAAGCACCUCAUUCUACUUCUUCAUAUAAAGUUCCAUUAACGAAACAGAUAUCCCCGACACCGGUAUCUCGGCAGGAUACAGCUGUUAUGAAAACCUUAAUAUUAAACCAAUCACUAUCGAAAAAAUCCGAACUUCUUUCAGAAAAUUCUUCUUCAAUACGAUAUGAUGAUACUAUUGAACCCAAAAUUGAGCAUGCAGUAGAAUUAUUGAGAAAAGAAAUAAACGUAAAUACGCAAGAUAAUGCUCAUAUCAAACCUGAGCUUAAUAUAAGUACAGAAUUUAUCCCACAAAAGUAUAAAAUACCAACAAAGGCUUUACAGUCACCAAUAUAUAGGAACUCUAGACGUCAACUAAGCGUGUCAAUAUUAAAUAAUAAAAUAUUGCCAUCACCAACUGAAUCUAGAGUCAAUAGGACAGUUUCACUCAAUAAGAUGCCUAGCCACAUGGAUAGAACUAAUUCUGAGCCGUUAACAUACACAUACGCUACCUGUGAAAAACAACAACCAAAACUACAAUCUCCUACUAGUCCUCAAACAGAAGAAACUCAUGUAAAAUAUACCCAAUCUCAAAUAGAGCUAAUAAUGGAAACCAUGCAUGAGUAUAGAGAAAAUGUACGAAGGGAACAUGAACCAUAUUCCUUUGAUCAUGAUGAUGGUGAUAUAGACAAUAUUUUUGAAAAGGUUGAUUUUGAUAAAUAUAAUAACAUGAGAGAAACUUAUCCAAUUCAACAUAUAGAUUCAGAAUCCAUUACUUCUUUUGAUUCAGAUAAUGGAAAUUUCUGGGAGAUUUUUAGCAUUUGGAGAAUUUUACUUAUUCUAUUUAUUUGUCUGUUGAUCCCACCUUUGUUUUUCUUUAUCGCAUUUGGGGAGAAGAUUGGGUUGAAAAAUUAUUCCUUAAUGAGAAUGAUCAUGAAUUCAGAACACAGGCUAGGCCUAUAUAAGGGAUUCUUAUGGAAAGUCGACGUCAAUUGGUUUAGAUAUACAUGUCUCAUCAUUGGUGUAUUGGAAAUUCUAUCAAUCACUGCAGGUAUCUGUGUUGGAUUCGGUGUAGGGUUAACAAUAGGUUGA